CAACUCGGGUAGCCCCUUGCAUGCACAUUUAUACCUGAGGCAUUCUGCUCAAAUCCCUCAGCUGCCUUCGCUCGCUGAUACCACACCGAUCAUACCCUCUUAUUGGACCCCGCGUUCCCUGAUAUCCAAGACAAAAGACAGACGCUUACCCCGCAAAACGAGCCGCCCCAAACACACGACCUAGUUGUAACAUGGCAUCAAUGAACAAGACACCCAGCGAGGAAGAAAUCGCAUCAACCCUCACCCAUCUCAAAAUCUCCACAAAAUUCCCAGAGAAACCCGCCCACAAGCCGAAAUCCAAACCCGUAGCUGACAGCUGGGACGAGGAACCCUCAGGCUCAGAUACAGAGACAGAAGAAGCACCAAAAGCUUCGUCAGCAUCGGCCCAUGGCCCACUAGAGCCUUUAUCCGCCGUCGCAUCACUCGACUUCCCACCCAAUCCGCCGCCUCCCACGCCGGCUUCUCCUCCAUCCUUUGACUUUCCAGACAACGCACCAUUUAAUGCAAGGGGUCGAGGAGAUAGCGGUGUAGGCAGGAGCUUGGACAGGAGACCAGAUAAGACGACUGCUGUUGCAGGACGACUAAUUGCUGGAGCGUUGGGCGUGAGAGCGCCGAAAAGGACGGACGAGGAGAGGGAGUAUGAUCGCGUAACAAAGGAAAAGGAGCGCAAGAGGAGGGCAGAAGAGAAGGAACGGGAGAGUAGGGAAGCUGAGGAGAGGGAGGCGAGGAAAAAGGCUAUCUGGGAUGCAUAGAGGAUUCACUUGAGGUUACAGUGCUGUCUCUGACUUUCUAAAAUGUAAAUAUAGCUUGCGAAAAUGUACAAUUCAAAAUGCCAAAGAGCGAAGUUCAAGAUCCAUUAU